UGAAACUAUGUCAAACAUUGAAAUAUAAAACAUAUCCCUGAUCCAUCACUUUGGACCAAAACUCUUAUCCUUCACACCUCAACACUGUACAUCAAUCAUCUCAUACAGAUUAUCAUUCCAGUCCUCAUCAAAAUGUCAAACAGCAGAUUGAGAGGACCGCCGCUGCCCAGUCUGGUACAAGGCUCAUCGCUGCAAGCUCAAUUACAGAGCGAAGGCGCCCAGAUCUGGCGAAACAACAACCGCCCUCUUAUUGAACACAUCAUCAACCACGCAACUCCCGGUUACGUUACAAAAGUCGUCUGGCUCCAAGAGAAAAGCAUCAUCGAGCAUGAAUACUUAUUGAUGUGCGUCAAGACCUACGAUGGAAAACUGUCCUGGAUGCGGAUUGAACGCAUGGGUGAACUACCCGUAGGCUCGGCAGCCAGUAACGCUCUGACAGACCAGGCACAAUUGGUCGUAACUCUUGCACCAUCCCGAGAAAACCUCAUCUGUGAUGAUAGGGUUCUCGUGGAGGCUGACCUGGACACAAACGCGGCACGGUUGAGCAACGUCGCCAAGCUCAUACUGAUAGUGCACAACGAAGAGCCGCAGUAUCAGAUCCAAUGGCAUAACUGUUGGUGGCUUGCGCGGGUCGUUAUGCAAGUGCUUUCAGAGACAUAUAUGCACGGUAAUAAGAAGCAGAGGAAGAAGGUCGUUAGUCGGUGCGAUUCUUCUCACAAUAAACAUGUCCGGGGUAUGAGUGCUGGAGGACCAUUUGCGGGGAUUGGGCAGUUGGCGACCAUUAGACAUUUUAAUAACCGCAAGAAAAGGAUUACGGCCAACUUUACUCAGUCUUUAUAUAGUUAGCAUCGGUGCUGUUUAGGUAGUGUUUGGGUAUAUUUAGAGGAAUAUUCUUUUGCUAUUUUAUAGAUUUUACUGCAUAGCGCAAGAUUGUAC